AUGCAGCGUAAUUUAACGAAAUUGAGCGCAGCAGCAUUCUAUGAGUUCGUUGACAAUAAUUUCCUCAACAACAAACGACCCCCCGUUCCCGGCGGGUCAUGGACGGUUGAGGUGCUACGUAAUAAAAGUCUCGCCGAUUUGCAGCACAUAUGGUUCCUGCUUUUGAAGGAGCGAAACAUGUUAAAGUCCAUGAAGGAACACUAUUUGCGGCACCAAGAAGAACUGGGUGCAAUGCCUGCCCCCUCGAGGCUGAAAAUGAUCGAUGAAUCGAUGCGCAACAUUAAGCGUGUCGUGAAGGAGCGUGAUGAGGAAGCAACGGCCCGAGCAGUGGAGAUAUUUAAGGAAAGGCUGAAACGUGGCAUUUAUCGUUAUCCACCGGGUCCUCCUCCUCCCCCUGGGGCGCAUGACAAAACAAGUGUGGUGAAGGUGGAACUGAGUUGCUAUGUUGAGGAGGAGCGCCUGCGUGAACUUUUCGGUCGUUAUGAUGUUUUUGAACCACAUAAAGGUAUCGUGCGAGUCGAGCUGAAGCUUCCGGAUGAGGUGUUGAAACAGAAGGAGGAAGCGGAGCAACUUUGGACGCAGUACAUGGCGGAAUGUAGUGAUGUGAAGGCAUACCAUCAGUGGUCAACGGCAGCACCCAGCGCGUACGACUAUACUGAAGUGGAACUGGCCCCGGGGAUAUUUGCCAACGAUGCCAUUUCAGAUAAAGGUGCUAAACACAGUGGUGACACUGAAACUCAUGAGGGGGUAAUUGUCGCAGCACGCGUGCCCGUUCCACCCCCCAAGGAAAAACAGCCUCCACCAAAGAACCCACUCGAGCGGCUUAAAGCUGAACGGCGGUCAUACCUCGCACGCACUACCAUCCAACUUGGUUAUUUCCCAAAUGUGACGCUACCCCCGCCGCGGUAUGAGACUGUUGAGGCUGUGCCGCGUCCGGUACACCCAGAUGAGAUCGAGGGACCGUGGGAGGCAUACAUAACCUACGACCGGGAGGAUGGCUUAUCGUACGCGCAGUCAUUGGGCAUAACUACUAUCGGUGUAGCCACUGUGCUUGGCUUGACGGAGCACGUGCGCGAGCCUCAGCCGUACGCUGUGGUGGAUCCCGUGUACUGCGAGGCGCUACGGCGUGAAAGGGCCCGUGAGGAGACACUCAUGAAAUGGCCACACGUCCCUGAAUGGAAGUAUGAGUAUAGCACCUAUACUCGGAAACAUUUGGCUGAUAUUGUGCAGUACAACUACACGAAUGUUGUUGACUAUGUGGACCGUGAGGUUCUUCUCACUGGAAAGUCGGUCUGGGAAUGCCCCAUUCACAUUGAUCAUACAUGCGGUGGAAGCAAGACAGUGCCACCUCACGCCAAAAAACCGGUUCGGUACAUGGAUGCGGGCAUUGCAAACGUGGGCGUUACUGACAUUUAG